AUGAGACACCCAUGGCAGCGUCUGCUUCGUCUCCGAUCUCACCUCCGGUCCUCGCCUCACGUGCGCUCACAGUCUUCUUCUCACUCCCAGGUAAUCUCCCAAUCCAAUCUCCAUUCAUUUUCGCUCUUCCACACUCACACUCUCCACCCAAAGCUUCCAACUUUACCCCCAAUUUUCAAUUACCCACUAAACCCUAGAAACCCCAUUUCACGACGCCUCUCGUCGGAGCCGGAAAUCGAAUCUAAAGACCCCGGUCACGGGGUUAUAGCUGAGGUUUUCUCUAAAGCUAGGGAUGAAAUUGAUGUUAGGAAAGAAUUGGAAUUGCACAAUGUGGAGUUUACACAUGAUGUGGUGUUGAGUGUGUUGAAGAGCUUGGAAUCGAGCCCUGAUGUUGCGAGGAGGGUUUUCGAUUGGGUUUUGGUGAAUGAAGGUGAGAGAUUGGGAUCGAAAUCGUAUAAUCAGAUGCUGUGUGUUUUGGGUGUUAAUGGGGCUGUGGAGGAGUUCUGGGAGAUGGUUAGUGUUAUGAAGAAGAAAGGGUAUGGUGUGUCGAGAUGGGUUUAUGAUAGGGUUUUGGAGAAGUUUGUGGAGGAUGGGUUGGAGAGUGAUGCUGAGAAGUUGAGAAAUGUGUUUGCAUCGGGGUCUGUUGAUGGUUCCGUAGCGAAGGCUUGUCAGAGGGUGUGUAAGAUUGUUAGAGAGGAGGUGUGGAGUGAUGAUGUUGAGAGGCAGAUACGGGAGUUGGAUGUUGUGUUUUCUGGUGAUUUGGUUAAGAUGGUGGUGGAGAAUCUUGAAACAGAGCCGACAAAAGCGUUGAUCUUUUUCCGGUGGGUGGAGGAGGCUGGGUUGUUCAAGCAUGAUCAGGAGACGUAUAAUGCGGUGGCUAGGGUAUUGGAAAGGAAAGACUGUCUGGAUAGGUUUUGGAAGGUAGUUGGUGAGAUGAGGAGCAAGGGGUAUGAACUGGAGUCAAAGACGUAUGUUAAGGGUUUUGCGAGGUUUAUGCAGAAGCAGAAAGCACUGAUUGAGGAUGCUGUGGACUUUUAUGAGUUUGCAAUGGCUGGUACAAAUAAGCCUUCAUGGUAUUGUUGUACUUUCCUGUUGAAGAAAAUAGUGGUUGGUAAGGAGCUGGACAUGGGUCUAUUUUCUAGGGUUGUGAGGAUUUAUACAGAGAGUGGGAAGGCAUUGACAGAUUCAACGCUUGAUGCAGUCCUCAAGUCUUUGAUCAGUGUUGGUAGACUUAGAGAGUGCAAUAAGGUUUUCAAAGUGAUGGAGGAAGGUGGGUUUGUGGCUAGUGGUAAUUUAAAGGGUAAAAUUGCAUUCACGCUUGGUAGGGCUGGUAAAGAGGAUGACGCAAACGAUUUCAUUAAUAUUCUGCUAGAGGCUGGCAGUGAUCCGGGUUACAAGGCAUGGUCGUCCUUGAUUGUGGGAUAUUGUGUAGCUGGUCAUCUUGAGAAGGCCUCAGAUUGCUUCCAAAAGAUGAUUAAAAGGGAGGGUGUCGCCUCUGUGGCUUCUGGUUGUUUUGAUUCUAUAGUCAAUGCAUAUUGCAAAAAGAGCGGGGCAACGGAUGUAUGCAGGUUUCUUUCUGAUUGGGUCAGUAGAAGGCAGCUGAAACCCUGGCAGACUACAUACAAACUAUUGAUUAGCCAGUUAUUAUCUCAGGGUGAAUUUGCAGAUGCUCUGCAUAUUCUGGGUCUGAUGAAAAAUGAUGGAUUUCCUCCUUUUAUUGAUCCAUUCAUCAAGCAUGUAUCUAAGCAUGGAACUGGUGAUGACGCAAUAGCUUUUCUGAAGACGAUGGCUUCAAAGAAAUUUCCAUCUACCAUUGUUUUUCUCCGAGUAUUUGAAGCCUACUUAAAGGCUGGACGGCGUAGUGAAGCACAAGAUUUCCUUUCAAGGUGCCCGGGUUACAUCCGUAAUCAUGCCGAUGUAUUGAAUCUAUUCUGUCCUAAUAAAUUCGGAGAAGGUGCUGCAACCAAUGUUGUCGCUGCUUAG